CCAAUAUGCGCCGCCUGCGGACCACUAGGGUUUUCCCUCGCUCCCUCCUCCAACAAAGUCCACGAGAAAACUAGCGAGCGAUGGAUCCUUUCUCGUCUCCGGCGCCAUCGAGCGGCUCGUCGGGCCCCUCGACGGAGGCUCUGAUGGACCAAGUCAAGGCCCAGCUCGCCCAGGCCUACGCUGAGGAGUUCCUCGAGACAGUGAGGAGCAAGUGCUUUGCAAAGUGCAUUACAAAGCCUGGAACAAGCCUGAGCGGGAGUGAGAGCAGUUGCAUCUCUAGGUGUGUGGAAAGGUAUAUUGAGGCAACAAGUAUCAUUGGCCGAGCUCUUUUCAGUUCCCCACGCUAGUUCAAGACCUUCAAUGACUUCCUGGUUCCCUGAAAUUUUGGACAAAUCAAGGAUGGGUGAAUUAUAUACUCAAAAAAAGAGAUGGGGAGCUUUUGGCUGAGCAUUUUACCACAAUAUGCAGUUUCAUUUGCCUUCAUAUGCAAAUUUUCAGUACAUCUAACUUUAUGGGGUUUCUUGGGUUUCCCAAAGACCCGUAUUAUUAAGCAGGAGCAAAAUUUUCUAUUUUAGUGGGCCCAUAGCAUUUAAGAUUUAUAAAAAUGUGGGUCAUGAUUUUCUGUGCUACAUUAAGGUGACAUUUCUGUGGUGCCAUCUCUUACAGCAAUUUUCAGUCAGAUAAAUUGAAUUGGUUCUGCAGUUAUCUGCAGUGCCUACAGAAAGAUAAAGCUCUCUUAACUGAUCCAA